AUGAAUGAAAUGGAAUCAAAUAAGAGAUCAAAUUUUUUUGCUUCUAGUGGGAAAAGGGUAAUUCAAGAAUAAUAAGAACAAGUAAAUUAUUUAAUUCAAGCAGAUGUUGAUUCGAGAUGAUUAACAAUAUAAAUAUAAUGAUUAUAAAUUAGAAAGACAAGAACCAGUUCCAGUAUAUUUAUAAAGAAAUGAUCGUCCAUCAAAAGUAACAGCUGCAGAACGAAAAGAAAUUAUUCGUAAUAUUGAAAUAGAAGCAAAUAGAAAUUCAGAUGGAGGAAUAUUUGCAAAAGUUUAUAAAUAAAAAGAUGCAAAAGAUUAAUAAUAAUAAACACAAAAAUAAGCAUAUAUUGAUGAAAUAUAAAAGUAAAUUGAUGAAAAAAGAAAGAGAAAAGAGGAGGAAAAAUUAAAAUAAAUUGAAGAAGAUAGAAAAUAUGAAGAAAAAUUAAGAAUAGAAAGAGAAUAAGAAAAAAUAAAUUAAAAUCAAAAUAAGGAAGAUGAUAAAAAAAUGAUUAUUAAAUCUCUUAAAAAUAAACAUCUUAGAUAAUAAUAAGAUGAUUCUAAAUUCAUUUUUAACGAAUUUGAAGAUCAUUAAAUUAAUUUAACUAAUAAUAAUAUACUACCUCAUUAUUUAAAAGAAGUUGAUGAUAAAUAUGAUUAAGAACUUAAACAUAAGAUAAAUCCUCAUACUCCUUUAACUAAAUUAUAAUCUUAAAGAACUUUAUAAGACUAAAAUUUAAUCAAUAUUACAUAUAAUCCACCAAAUACAGCUGGUUAAAAUUAAAAUAGUACUUCAUUUAGAAAUAAUUCAUAACAUCAAUAUAAUUAAUCAUUAAAUUAAUAAGAAAUAUCAUAAAUGUAAUAACAAUAGAUGUUUUAAUAAUAAGCAUCAUAUCAUGAUUCAUAAUAAUAAUCUAAUUAUCAAUAUUAACCUUACUAAUAUAGAUCAUAUAUGCCAUAAAUAAUUGAAUAGAUUUAAUAGGAAUAAUAGGAAUUAUAAGAAAUUAAUAAAUUUAAAAAUAGAGAAUAGGAAUAAGGCAUAGAUAAAUUAAAAGAAGAAAUGGAAAUAUAAUCUAAUAGAUGGAAUGAAGAAUUAAGAAAAUUAAGAGGAGAAGUUUAAAUGAAUUCUGAAAAAAAGAAUAGAGCAUUUUAUGAAUUAUAUAAUCUAAAAGAUGAAUUAAAAAAAUAAUAAUUAUUUGAAGAGGCUAAUUUGAGAUUGUUGAAAUAAUAGAUGGCAAAUAAAAAACCUGAUAAUUUAUCUAGUUAUGAUAAAAAAUUAAUCUCAGAAAGUGAUUACAAAAAAAGUUCACGUUAAAGUAGAUAACUAUCUAAUAUAGAAGAUAAUUUAUUUUUAGAAAAUUUUGUAGAUUAAAUAUGA